CGUCACCGCCUUCCAGCUGGCUCGUCUUGUACACGUCAUUACGUUAGAAAGCGAGAACGAUCAGUAAAUCCUCCGAAAAUUAAUUAAAAGUUUAAAAUGUCACCAUUUCCUGCUAUUUACCUAUCUACACACACUAAAUCAUAACAGUUAAACUGAAAUAAACUAAAAUAAAAUAAAAAAGACCCCCGUUGCAAUAGUUUGUUAAAGCUGGCUUCCCAUGAUGCUCAGCUACCAGGCGUAAUGGCUGAGAUGGGAAAUCGCUGGGAAGACUGUUCCAUUUUGAAGUAGUCUUUGGUAAAAAUCUAGGCUGGCUUCAACUGUGAUUGGGAUGGAUGGGAACAAAGACACAGUGGAGAUUUGUGAGGCGGGUCUCUCUGAUCUGAGGCGGCAGGCCCGUCAAUUAGAAAAUGAGAUUGACCUCAAGUUGGUUUCCUUCAGUAAACUUGGUACCAGUUACACAAGCCAGAGGGAGUUUGUUGGUGCUCACCAACCAGGAAACCAGACCAGCAGCAGCAGCGACACAGUCCCUUUGCUCAACAAGACCAACAGUGACCACAUGUUUGAGACAAUGACCAUGGAACUAGAGCAGUUAAUGGCAAAGCUGACUGAAGUGAAUGACCUGUUGGCAGAAUAUACCCAGAAUUUCAGUUUGAGCUCCCCGAGUGCCACCUUGCUGCACACCCUACAGAGACAUAGGGACAUUCUUCAGAAUUACUCUCGGGAAUUCCAGAAGACCAAAGCCAAUAUAACGGCUCUGAAGGAGAGAGACGACCUCUUGGGGUCAGUUCAUCGAGAUAUCAAUGCCUACAAAAACUCGUCAGGCCUCAACAGAAGAACAGAUCUUUAUUUAAAAGAACACGAACACAUCCGAAAUUCAGAAAGAUUGGUGGAUGAACAGAUUAGCGUUGCUAUGGCAACCAAAGAAAACUUGUACGUGCAGAAAAAUAUGCUGAUGUCCAUAACACAGACAAUGAACUCGUUUGCAAAUCGGUUCCCCGCCAUCAACAGCCUUAUGCAACGAGUCAACAUUCGCAAACGACGCGACUCCAUUAUCCUGGCGUCUGUGAUAUCCGGUUGUAUCAUACUAAUGAUUCUCUAUGCGCUUCAUUAGAGCAUCUUACCUGCUCCAGUCUGGUCUGGUGGACUCGCUAAACUAGCUGCUGGUCAAUAUCUGUGACCAAUACAAAUAUAUCUAUGAACACACAUUGCCUGGACAAUGUCGCCUGUCUUCUGUUAUUUAUUGUCCACUGUCCUGUCCAUACCAGCGACAUGUUAUUCCGAGUCAGCUGUAUUCAGCCCCGCCCAUUGACCUGAAGGUACCCAGAUGAAUGUCGAAAGGAUCUUUGGGUCCUCCAGACCAGGGAUGUUGAAUUGCAGCAAUACAAAGACUGUGGAAGAACCAUUAUGAGGCUGUCCGCAGGACAUGUUAACAUCUGCUUUAGACCACUGUCCAAGAGGGAGACCAUGCUGCGAUUACCAGGACAAACUCUCUGACCUCAACAGAAAAAGAAACAGCGGCUGUGAAGUGGGAAAUAUUUUUGUAAAUAACUGUUUUGCUUUUUUUUUAAUCUUCAGAUGCCAGUGGAAUAUGGUGUCUUUGUUAAAACAGAAUUCAAUGUAUUAUGGGAUGAUAUAAAGGUUUUUAUUUCAUGUGGGGAAAAUCUUUUGGAUUUAUCUUCUUUUUUCUGUUUUUUUUAUGUCUUUUUUUAAUGGUGGGAGUUGAUGUUUAUUGAAGAACAUCAAGAUGGUGAAAGUGUUCAAAGCCUGCAAUAAAGCCCAACAACAGUCUUUCUGUAAGGUAAUGGUCAUUGAAAUAAGAUUAUUACAAAAGCUCUAUAUUAACCUGUGUUAUUCUUUAAGGAUCUCUCCUGUGUCCAGUUUCAUCAGUGCUACAACAGGUUUUCUUCAACCUUCCAAACCUUCACAUCAGAUAAACUUGUCUAUCUCUGCAACCAGACUCCCUUAUAAAUCUAGUCGCCCUUCCUCAAGGGUUUCACCAUUAACCUUUCAUUCUCCUACAACAAAACUUUCUACUCAGAGUUUGAAAACUUCUUUCUCUUAUCCAUUUAAUAAAUUAUUCAACAACUUUUAAUUUGACAUUUCAACUGGCCACAUCUGGCUGAAAUAAUCAACUUGUUUUAUCUUCAAACUGGCCACAUCCAGCCUCUUGUGCUUUCCUUAUAAAAAUAAACAAUCAUGUCAUUGAAAUCUCAAAGCUACAAAACAAUGCAGGAUUAAUUCUUAUCAAUGGGAAUAAAUAAGGAUUUCAUUGGAUGGAAUAAAUCUGAAUGAUAAAGGGUUAAAAAAAAAACAUUCUGUUUAUUUAAAAAAAGAAAAAAAUAUUUGUGUUUGAGAAAAUAGGAUUCCACUUUUAAUUUUCUGGAGGUAAAUAAAGGACCAGCAACAUGGGUGGGGGUUGUUAUCUCAAAUCUUAGAAAGGAGUCAAGAUUUGAUUAAAAAACAAAAAAAAUGUGUUCAAUUCUCAGUAAAUUCAGUGAAGUCAACAAUUGAAUAAACUGUUUGAAAAUGUUUGAAUUUAAAGAUCUAGCCAACCCAAACUGGCAUUAGAAGACAUGAAUAAAAUAGUGAAAUUGUU